AUGUCAGUGGUAGCACUGAAGAAUGCCGUCGUGGGAUUGAUGAGUUCAAGGAAUAAAGGUCAAGAUGAUAAGGCCCCACUGUUGACUAAUGAUAAUGCUUCUGGUACUUCCAGAGGCUUAUAUGGGUCUAGUAAUGAUUUAGAAGAUGGAAGAGCUGAUAGGGCCAAUGCCAAUGUGAGUCGGGGUAGUAGUAAUAGCACUUUGAGUGGGAAGACAAGCCCUAAUAACGAUGAUGAGGAUGGUGAAUCUCACAAUUCGUGGAGUUUACUGAAUUCAGUUGAUCCUCGUGUGAUAAGUGAUCUUAUCAUUGGUCUAAGUGAUGGGUUGACUGUUCCCUUUGCGUUGACGGCUGGUUUGUCAAGUCUAGGUGAUAGUAAACUGGUCAUUACUGGUGGAUUUGCUGAGUUGAUCUCGGGAACCAUAUCUAUGGGUCUAGGUGGUUACCUAGGUGCUAGAAGUGAGAGUGAUUAUUACCAUGCAGAGGUUAAACAAGAGAAGAGGAAAUUUUACGAUAAUAUGACAGUGAUAAAUCAUGAGAUCGAAGAUAUCUUGCUUGAAAUUAAUCCAAACUUUUCAGAUGAGACUAUCGUUUCAUUUAUUAAGGAUUUACAAAGAACACCGGAACUUAUGGUUGACUUUAUUAUUAGAUAUGGUAGAGGACUAGAUGAGCCCGCGGAGAACAGAGAAUUAAUAAGUGCAGUGACCAUUGGUGGUGGCUAUCUACUUGGUGGAUUUGUACCGCUAAUUCCAUAUUUUUUUGUGCGUGAAGUGGGAACGGGGUUGAUCUGGUCCGUGGUAGUCAUGGUGAUUACUUUGUUUUGGUUCGGUUAUUAUAAGACACAGGUCUCUAUGAGUGAUACGUGCACUCUACAGAAGAAGAUGAGCGACGGACUCCAAAUGAUCGCCGUUGGAGGAAUUGCCGCCGGUUCUGCAUGGUUCCUCGUUAGGGCUCUAGGAUAG